CGAACACAGAAAAUUGCCGAUCACAGCAUUUCUCUUUUUGUCUAGAUCCAUGGAGGCUUGGCUGAAGCAAUCGGGGGCCUUCGGUGUGGAUGGCAUCGAGAUUACUGAUUUCCCCGUUACCGGACGCGGUGUUAAAGCACUACGUAGCUUCAAAGAAGGAGAACGCAUCCUAACCAUCCCUUCUGCUUGCUUGUGGAAGGUAGAAGGGGCGCGCGCCGACCCGCUCCUUGGGCCGGUUCUUCGCUCUGCGCGGCCGCCCUUGUCGGUCGAGGACACUUUGGCCGUCUAUCUCCUCUUUGUCAAGUCGCGAACAUCAGGCUAUGAGGGCCGUCGACAUCAUAUCGCUGCGAUACCGCAGAGCUACUCGGCAAGCAUCUUCUUUACAGAUGACGAGCUGCGAGUCUGCGAGGGAUCGUCGCUCUUUACGCUCACCUCGCAGCUGGAACAGCGUGUGCAGGACGACUACAGGCGGCUGCAUGUGCGGCUGCUGAGCCAGCAUCGCGAUCUCUUCCCUCCAGACCAAUUUACGGUGGAAGAUUACAAAUGGGCUCUUUGCUCGGUAUGGAGCCGUGCAAUGGACUUUGCAGUCUCGGAGACGACUUCGGUUCGGCUCGUGGCCCCUCUGGCAGACAUGCUAAACCAUUCUCUCGACGCAAAGCAGUGCCAUGCUUACGAUCCAAAGUCUGGAGACCUUUCCAUCCUUGCCGCGAAGGACUACCAAGUCGGAGAUCAGAUAUUCAUCUCCUACGGCAGCGUGCCGAACAACCGACUUUUGCGUCUUUACGGCUUUGUUCUGCCGGACAACCCCAACGACAGUUACGACCUCGUGCUCCAGACGAGCCCAAUGGCCCCCCUCUACGAGCAGAAGGAGAGGCUCUGGGCGCUGGCAGGGCUGAGCUCAACAUGCACUAUUUCCCUCACCGUGAAGGAGCCACUUCCGAAUAGCGUGCUUCAAUACCUCCGAAUCCAGCGACUGGACGAGUCCAACAUCACAGACAUGACUCUGCAGCUAGUGAAUGGCACAGGCGGCAAGAUCAGUGAUGAAAACGAGACGCAGGUGCUGCGAUUUUUGGUCGAUUCGAUAGGCACCCUCCUAGAGAGCUUCGUUAUCCCGCUGGAAAAGCUCGAGGCAAAGCUCGCCGGGGAAGACUACCCCGCGGGGGGCAACGCUUGGGCAGCGGCACAGGUCAGUGCGGGCGAGCAGCGCAUCUUGACGCGGGCCAAGAAGUCGGCCGAAGAUGUACUGGAGGCGAUCUUUCGUCCACCAGCGACACAGUGCGCCAACUGCGGGAACAGGUCUGGUGCGUUGAUGGCGUGCGGCAGAUGCAAGGCCGUCAAGUACUGCAAGAGGGAGUGUCAGGUGUCGCACUUUAAAGACCACAGGGCCGUGUGCCGGACUCUUGCGGGAUUGAAAUGAGAAAUGAUGUGAAUCAAGCAUCAAUAUAACAACCUUACAUCACAGGACUUCUUCCUUUACUAUAGAAAUGGAAAAAGAUGCAAUAUACAUCGUUAUGCUAGGUCGUGCACCGAGC